AAUGACGUAGAUCGAAAAAUACCUGGCCAAUCUAUUAUGCGCGCAUUAGUCAUUUGCGAGGUCUAUAACACUGGUCUUUCGAAAUAGAUCGUCUCAUUUAAAAACAGGCAAUUGUGCGAACAACACGGAACAUUUGUUUUGUCUACCUGGAAGAAAAAGGCGUCGCUUGUUAUAUUUGUAGGAUUGAUAACAGGUUACUUGAUUACGUAACAUAUACACAGAAGGCAAAAUGGGUCUAAAUCUGGGCGGAAAAUGUGGCAUGUUCUUCUUGAUCACCAUUAACGGUAUCUUCCUGGCUCUGGGUAUCGCUCUGCUGGUCGUCGGCAUACUUUUGAAGGUCGAUGCCAAGGUCAUUAACGAUUCCAAAGUCAUAUCUACCUUAAACGAGGUGUCGUUUAAUGGACUCAAGUUCGGUAAUCUGGCCAACAGCCUUCCGAUAAUCUUGAUCGUUCUCGGCGUGGUCAUUCUCGUCAUUUCCGGUCUCGGAAUAUUUGGCGCGUGCUGUAAGAAUCGCUGUAUGCUCGUCAUGUUCGCCAUUAUCGUGUUGCUGAUCUUCGUUGUUCAAAUUGCUGCCGUGAUUCUGUACGGAAUUCUGAAGAACAAGAUCGAAUCAGAAGCAAAGAGCCUUUUAAAGAAGGGUAUGAACAAUUACGAUGGGGUGUCGUCAACGUCAGAGGUGUCGAACGGGUGGGACCUGAUUUUCAUUGGAUUUGAUUGCUGUGGUGUUGACGCCGUUAAUGCCGUCAGUAAUCAAGAAUUCAAAGACACCAAAUGGUGGGCGAAGAGGGUAGCUGAUUAUAUCCCCUACAGCUGCUGUACAGCAGCCACCCAGGAUAACUACAAGACUACUACUGAUGCGGCAUGCACCGCAUCCUUUACAGGCGCCCAAACAAAGGGAUGUUAUGACGCCAUCAAGGAUUACAUCCUGAAGUACCAGACAGCCGCCAUCGCCAUCGGUAUUUCUCUUCUUGUGAUCGAGUUAAUCGGCAUCGUGUUUGCGUUCGUGCUGUGCAGAGCCAUCAGUAAAUCUGGCGAGAUUGUGUAAAGUACGACUACCGCUGCGAACACGUGAAGGGACCAAGAGACAUUGUAAAUUCUUGAGAUCGUAUAAAUUAUUGGUAUACUAUAAACCGUGCGAGGUAUCGUGAUAUGUGUGCAGAAUUUCUUAGAAAUUCUAAAACCAAUAAUGUGUUAUUGUUUAAACAUACAUUUUCCUCAUAAAAUAAAAAUAAAAACACUCUAAUAUUUAAAGCAGAAUAUGAUUUUUUUAAGAAAUAACGAUGUACAGACAACAAGCAGAUUUUUUUUACAUGGGAAACCUUGACCUUAGUUAGUUUCAAGUAUGUUUUUAGAUACAACGCGCUUGCAUAAUUAAUGUAAUAUGACGACCCAGUCGAAGUAUGCUAUUCCUCAUUUGGCCCAUUGCCACGCACAGUUGUUACAAAAUAAUAUAUCGGAAGGUAUCAACUUUGCUGAUAGCGUUUCGUUUUACUGCACCUUGUCGACGUUUGCAAACUCGCCUUUUGCAUAAUUAAGUUCUUAACAUACUAUUGAAUAAGUUAUUAAUGAUCUGAAUCUAAAAUCAAUAUCUCACAAUGGUUUAAACUUCCUAUAUGGAAAACAUAUUUAUAACUUUAUAUUGCUCACAACAGUUUGUAUCGACCAUGUUUAUUAAUGCGUGUUUAUUGCGGAUAUAUAAUGCUGAAGAUGAAAAAUGGUCAUAACUUAUGGUUGUUGAAUUAAUUAUUAUAGGGAGCUUUCUUUGCAUAUACUUAGAAGAAAUGUAUUAUCAUUCUAAGUUUAUUUUUAAUGGCGUUUCACUUUUGAAUUAUUAUUGUUUUACUAUAAGUAAUUAAUAUUCUAUUGUCUAACCCUAAAUGUUUACCCGUUGUGAACUGUUGCUUAUCGUUAUUGUCUUAAUAAUUUUAUUAAUUAUAUUGAAUAUUAGUGUUUAUUGAUGGUUAUGUAUUUGAUCUUUGUACGGCAUGGCUGAUAAUAUUCGGGUAGUUAAGUCAUACAAAUGUAAAUAAUUAUAUAUAAGCUAUAUAAAUCAAAAUAAUCCACAGGUGGUCUUAUUGAGUCGCGGCUUGACAACAAGAGCAUGAUGCUCUCAUAACGCAAAUGAGAACGGAUUUUUGUUUAAAAUAAUGCAAGCAAUGCACAUGUAUAUACGCAUUAAUACGCAAUAUAGACCGCCUUCACUACGAAUCAAGACUACACGAUUAAGAAUACACAAACACUACAAGAAAGAGACUAAUCUGAAGUGUGGAUGAUCUUCUUGCUCAUGUGAACGGUAUUUCAAAAAAUGUAUGGUUCGAAGUGUGUAUAUUUUUAUAUCUAAAAAAAUGUUGUGUUAAGUUGUUGUUAUUAAAGAUAUUUUGGAAUUAAUUAUGCAUAUAUGUAUGUAGUACUUUCUUUAUUUAAAUCCUAUGGGCUUAUAUUUUCACAUAAAAUACAAUUGUACCAAUUGAACCAAACAUGAAAUUUAAUAAUACAAAUUGUCUAACAGAAUAAGAAGCGCAAUUUAAGGAAGACUUCUUUCUUAACAAAUCUUACUUUAGCAUAUCCUAAAUACUAGUUUUAUUUUGUGUAAAGCGAUUUCGUUUUUCAUGGAACACACACGAUGGUAUAUGUUUCUAAUGAAUGAAUAAAUACCGUAAAUAUAUUCUAUAAAAACGACAAAACUAUUCAUACUUCCAUUGUAGAAAAACAUUAUUCAUCUUAUUUUUACGGAUUAUUAUAUUAUACGUUGAGUUACCAUUUUGUAAAUACGCAUGCAAUUCCAAUAACUUGCCACUAUUGUUUGAUGUUUUAUAUUGUAUUUUUAUCAAAUAAAAAAAUAUAUAAAUA